CUGACCUAAUUCAGUGCAUUUGAAAUUGGUUCAAUUUGGUGCCGUGUGUCAAGAUGUGCUGGUCACCCUUUAUUUAUCUCUCGGCGUAUAUAGUACCUCGGGAUGUGGUUUUAUUUGUGCAGUUAAUGUGUAGAUCUGUCAGUCAACACAGUCGCUCUUAACUUCAUUAAGUGCUUCUGUUAUUAAUAAAUAAUUUAUUUUAAUUUUAAUAUUAUCGAGUAUCAUCAAACGGUUCAGAAUGAUUGUCGUGACAAUUUUAGCCGCGUUGUUUUUACCUUAUUUAAUUAUUUAUUUGUAUAAAAAUGCUUAUAAUAGGCCGAAAAACUUUCCCCCAGGCCCACCGAGUCUGCCAAUAUACGGAGCCUUCUGGAUAGUUCUGGCACAUGGCUUCACCGAUCUCGCAUUGGCUUUCAAAAGGCUGGGAGAAAAAUACAAAACGAAGAUCUUGGGUCUCUACAUGGGACCUGUUCCAACCAUAGUCCUGAACGACCCUGAACUGAUCAAGGAAAUGCUUAACCGCGAAGAAUUUGAUGGCCGGAUGGACAUUAUAUUAUUUAGACUGCGGUCAUUUUGGAAGAAAUUGGGUAUAUUCUUCACGGACGGUUACUUCUGGCAUCAGCAGAGAAGAUUUUCUCUUCGUUAUUUGCGAGACUAUGGGUUUGGACGGCGGAGUGAUGAACUGGAGUCAACCGUCGCUACUGAGAUCAAGGAGAUGAUAGACUUGAGGAUUAGUGGACCGAAGUACCCCGCUGAAAUGGAAAUAGUCAAAGGUGACUUGGUGUACAUGCCAUACUUCUUCUCAAUUCCAUUCCUCAAUGGUAUGCUCCAAGUUUUCUCUCGAAGCACAUUACCAAGGUCGGAGUACAAAGCCCUUUGGUCCCUUGCCCGUGGUACCGUCUUGUUUCAAAGAAGCUCGACUGAUAUGGGCGGUGCCCUCUCCUUAACUCCUUGGCUGAAAGACGUUAUGCCAAACUACAGCGGAUACAACGAUCUGGUGAAAGGAAACGACUAUCUGUUGAAAUUCUUCAAGAAAUUAGUUAACGAAGCUAUGGAAACUCACGACGAGACCUACGAUCGUCACUUCAUAGACAUGUACAUCACGAAGAUGAAAGAAGAGAUGCGAGAGAAAGAGAAGACUACAUACUCAGUGGACCAGCUGAUCCUAACGUGUACAGACUACACAUUCCCCGCGGCGUCGGCAGUGCAGUUCGUCUUGGCAAUCCUCGUAGAGCGUCUGCUUCUGCAGCCUGAGAUCCAAGAUAAGAUCCAUGAGGAAAUCGACCGAGUCGUCGGCAGAGACCGUCUCCCGACCCUGGAUGACAGAAGAAACAUGCCAUAUCUGGAGGCUUGCAUCCGGGAGACUAUGCGGUACGACACUACGGUACCUUUGUCGGUUCCUCACCGUGCAAUGAAGGAUACUACAAUCGCAGGAUACGAUGUGCCUGAGGGCACGAUGUUGAGCGCCAACCUGACGAUGUUACACAUGGACAAGGAUAUUUGGGGUGACCCCGAAAACUUCCGUCCCGAAAGAUUCCUCAAGGACGGAGCGCUUGACCUCGCCAGCGACAAGUCAUUGCCUUUUGGAGCAGGCAGAAGAUUAUGCGCUGGUGAGACCUACGCUAGACAGACCAUGUUCCAAGUAUUCGCUGGCUUUAUGCAGACAUUCCAUGUAUCCACCGCUGACGGCAAACCGCUGCUGAAGCCUUCUAAAAGGAUCCAAGGCAUCAUCACCACCAUUCCUGAGUUCUGGGUUAAAGUUACUGUCAGAAAAUGAAGAGGAACAAACAGGAAUUUUGUCUCGAAAUUCAAAACAUAAGUGUCUAUGAUCUCUUCUGUUUGUCGUCAAAAAAUUAAUAAAAGUGUUUGGAUGUUAACUAUAAUUAAUGAACAAUCUAAAAAAAAAACUAUUAUUUUCUGUCAUCGAAGUCAAAAAACUAACGUGACAAUAUUCUAAGGUUUCUGUACUUACUUCCUGUCUCUAUUCCAAUGAUCUACUUUACAAAUCUACUACAAACUAUAACUAUGUUUUUCAAAUAAAAUAUAAAAAAACAAAAACAAUGAUAAAUGUAGGCCGAAGUGGGGUAAACAUCGGACAGUAGCCACAUAAUCGAAUUACCAAGAUUAGUUAAAUAAGUUUUGACAGUUCAAAGUGGCAUUGACAUAGUUGAAGACUGCCUUGACAAAGGCGACCCAUUCAAGAUAUUAUAUUCCAACCUGUUUUUGUUUAAAUGCGUAAACUCGUCUCAAGUUACGAUGUCUUAUUUAUCUCAUUAGCAUUUUUACGCAUUCUCUUUUAAACAAAUAAAUACGUAGGUACUUUAUACCUAAAACGUACGUAGAUACGAUUUCUUUUUCACUGCUACUAUAUUUAGAUUCGUACUUUUAUGACAGCGGUUUUAUGAAUAAUGCAUAGCAAGAAUGAUAAUAUCAUUUAUUAUGUCAUAUACAAAUCCGUACCUACACAUUUCAGUAGGUAUGUGAUAAAGUAUAGAUAAGUAGCUUAUAUAAGGAUAAUCUCUACGCAAAAUACAUUUUUUUUAAUUUUAUUCUUGGUGAUUAUUUCAUUGUUAUAUGUAUAUCUGAAUAUUUUAAAUAAGUAUG